CCCGCAUGUUGAAGUGAGCAAAACAAACAAGCGCCGUAACAUUUAUUGUUCAUAGAACCGUUUAAACUUUGAAUUUAUUUUAUGUAAAAUCUUUGAAAGGUUAAGCUUAAUUUUUAAAUUACAAUCACUUCAAACCGCUUCAGACCGGAAGCAGAACGGUUUUGCUCGCUCGUAUCCAAUGGCUGAUCAGGACUCAGAAAGCCUGCCCCAGCUCUUCAACCGAGCGGAAAUUCAAAUGGAAAAGUUAGAAGACUCGGAAAGGAGCCCGGAAAGCAUCAGUGCCCUCAUCAAACAGUUUGAAACAGCAACCAAAUUCGUAUCGAUUUUGGGACUAUUUAGCCGUAACGAGAGCGCGGACGAAAUUUCGACUGCCGAUUUGAGGUAUCUUCUGCUGCCAGCGUACUUAGCCAGACUUACCUUAAAACUAACCGACGGUCGCAAAGCUCGCUUGGAUGCUGCGGAGAUCUAUAUCGUCGAUUAUCUUCAGCGCUGUAAAGAUUACGGCGUUCCUGGCAGUAAUGCUAUCCCAGAUAAAGAUUUGAAAAUCAGUAUUCAGGAAAACGGUUCAUCGGACACUGAUGCAGUGCAAACGUCCACCGUGAAAUCCCCGCAAGACCAGAUAGCCGAAGCCGUAAAUAAACGGGCAGCGAAGAUUGCCGCGUUCAAGCACAAACUGGAGAGUAAAGAAAAGGCUGCCGCUUUAAGAAAAAAGUUGGAGGAUGGGAGUGCUGAUGAAAAUGAACAACGUGGAUAUUAUUACAACCUUUUUAACAUGUGGAUUUUGGAUCUGAUGGAGGAGCUUGAUUUCGUGCGGGAAGAGAAACGAUUAUUGGAACACCGGGAGAAAUUGUCCAGAGGCGCUUCGGAAGACGAACAACAGCCAGUGCAGUCUCCCAUGUCGAAGACUUUGUCGAAAUUUAAUAAGCCCGUAACAAUAGUCAAGAAUGAACUCCAGAAGCAAGUUUUCGGUGCCGGCUAUCCGAGUCUUCCCCUGUUAACCGUGGACGAGUUUUAUCAGGAGUUGGUGCAAGAAGGAGCAUUGCCCGCCCCAGGAUCCAAAGCCGCAAAGAACCUCAAUUAUAUGGGUCCUACCCAGGCUGAACUGGAGAGUGAUGACGUUAAAAAAGAGCAGGAUGUUGAGUCCGACAAUCCGGAAUACCUCCGUAACGCGCGUGAUUACGACGACUGGAAGGACGACCAUCGACGGGGUUGGGGAAACCGAAUCGGACAAGGAUAAUACAGUGCUUAAUCGUUGGCUACCGUCAUUGGGAUGCCAUUCUUGAGGCCGGCUACUGAUUCCGAAGAGCCGGCGUAUGGAACAAAUUGGAACACGGGAACUGCUGCUACUGCGCAAUCAGCUGAUCGGGUUUUUCGGUUAGUUGUUGACUUCACUAGCUUUGUGAUCAUUUGGCAAAUACGGUUUUGUUCUGACAAUGAGUUAAGACUUUUAGAUUAAGUUAUAUAAGGGCGUGUGGAUUUUAAAAGUGUCUACAGUAGAUAAUUUUUAGGGUUUUGACUGUGCACUUUAAAUGCGAGAAUUUCGAAAAUUUUUAGUUUGACCACUCACUGUCCACAGAAUGACAUGCUUUGUAAUAGUCUAAAGAAGUAAAAACAGAAUAAUCUUCAAUACAAAAAA